CUCUCUUUUUAAACCCAACUUUUCCCCCCUUAUUUCAUUAAUCUUUGAACUAUAAUUCAACUCCCUUUCUCACAUCCCACAUCUCCAAUGGCUUCUUUCUCCCUCAUUGCGUUUUUCCUCUCCGGUUUAAUCUUCUUCCUCACAAGAAAACCCAUAAGAAACCGCCCUAAUCUCCCUCCUGGACCGCCCGGUUGGCCCCUCGUCGGCAACCUCUUUCAAGUCGCCCUCUCCAAGAAACCCUUCUUCGAAUACAUUGAAGAUCAACGCCGAAUUUACGGCUCAAUUUUUACCCUCAAAAUGGGUCCUACAAAAAUGGUUGUAGUGAGCGAUUCGAAUUUUGUUCACGAAGCACUAAUUAAAAAAGGGGCGAUUUUUGCUGACCGUCCCAGAGAAAAUCCUACCCGGAUUAUAUUCAGCAGUAACAAAUUUUCCGUGAAUGCGGCGGUUUACGGCCCUAUAUGGCGGUCCCUCCGCCGCAACAUGGUGGAAAAUAUGCUCAGCUCCAGCAAGGUUAAGGAGUUCCGAGACGUGAGAGAAAAAGCAAUGGAAAAAUUUGUGAAGCGGUUAAGACGUGAAGCAGAGGAUAAUAACGGCGUCGUUUCAGUGCUUAAAAACGUGCGUUUUGCGGUGUUUUGGAUUAUGUUAACAAUGUGUUUCGGAAUCGAGAUGGAAGACGAAACGGUUGUGAAAAUGGACGAGAUUUUGAAAUCCGUAUUGAUCGCACUCGAUCCAAGAAUUGAUGAUUAUUUCCCGAUUUUAUCUCCUUUUUUCUCUAGAGAAAGAAAUCGAGCGAAUCUCGUUCGGAGAAAACAAGUCGAAUUCGUUGUUGAGUUAAUUAAUCGACGGCGGCGGGCACUGGAGAAUCCAGCUUCCGACGGUGACGCGACGUCGUUUUCGUACCUGGACACGCUUUUCGAUUUUAAAAUCGACGGGCGUGGCGGCGAAGGGAAGUCGUCGUCGGCGACGGACGAGGAAUUGGUGACACUUUGUUCGGAGUUUUUGAACGGCGGGACGGACACGACGGCGACAGUGAUAGAAUGGGGGAUGGCGGAAUUGAUAGCGAAUGAGGAAAUUCAGAGGAAGAUUGUGGAAGAAAUUAAAGAGACGGUUGGUGAGAGAAAAGUAGAGGAGGAAGACGUUGAAAAAAUGGUAUAUUUACAAGCAGUUGUGAAAGAAGUGUUGCGUAAACAUCCUCCGACGUUCUUUGCUCUAACGCACUCCGUCACGGAGACGACGAAAUUGGCAGGAUACGACAUCCCAAAUGACACGAACGUAGAAUUCUUCUUACCCGCCAUCGGAAGAGAUCCGAAGCUAUGGAAGAAUCCAGAUAAAUUCGAACCGGAAAGAUUCUACUCCGGCAUGGAAGAAGCCGAUAUUACCGGCGUCAGUGGCGUCAGAAUGAUGCCGUUUGGCGUAGGGCGGCGGAUCUGCCCGGGCUUGGGAAUGGCCACCGUCCACAUUCAUUUAAUGCUCGCCAGAAUGCUGCAGGAAUUUGAAUGGGCCGCCUAUCCACCGUCCAGCUCCGUCGACUUUUCAUGGAAGAUGGAAUUCACGGUCGUCAUGAAGAAUCCUCUUACGGCCGUUGUCGAACCUAGGGUUUAAGCUCAAAAACCGUGGCCUCUCAUAUUACCUCUCUCUCUCUAGCUAGGGAAAAAACCUAUAUAUUAUUUUGUAAAAAAAUACUUUGCAAUAACUUUGAUUAAAUUCGAAGUAUAGGUUAUGUGUAAUAUAGUUAAUAGAUUCAUCAACGUCUAAAUUCUUUUAGUGCCUGUUAA